GUUUCAAAACAAUAAGGAAGAAUAAAACUUAGAGAAAACAUCGACAUGGGUCUCAAACUUGUCAUUAAUAUGUUGUUAAUACUUAUGGUCUUAUCCUCGACAUCCGCAGGUAGAUCUAGGGAGCUUUUAGCCGGUGCUGCCUUUGACGUGACCACUGCAAAAUAUGGUGCAAAGCCCAAUUCUGAUAUUACUCAGGCUUUAGCAAAUGCAUGGAAAGAUGCAUGUGCAUCAACAUCGGCAAGUAGAGUUAUUAUUCCAAAAGGGACAUACAAACUGAAAGAAGCAAGUUUCAAAGGUCCUUGCAAGGCUCCUAUUGAGGUUCAGGUCCAAGGUACGUUGCAGGCGCCACCAGACGGCGCCCAACUAUCGAAACCAGAUACGUGGAUCGAGUUUUCAUACCUUGACAGGUUCACAUUAUCGGGUAGUGGAACCUUUGAUGGCCAAGGACAAAAAGCUUGGAAAGAAAAUGAUUGCCACAAAAACCCGAAGUGUUCAUCUAUUACCGUUAAUAUGAGGUUCCACUCUGUCAAGAACUCAUUAGUCAGGGAUGUAACUUCACUUAACAGCAAGAAUUUCCACGUGAAUGUAUUAUCGUGCGAGCGACUUACAUUCCAACAUUUCACCGUCGCUGCACCAGGAGAUAGCGUUAAUACAGAUGGAAUACAUAUUGGGCGCUCAACCGGGGUCAAUAUUACUGAUUCGAAGAUUGGUACAGGAGACGAUUGCAUUUCAAUUGGUGAUGGCACCAAGCAACUAACUAUAACUAAGGUAACUUGUGGACCAGGCCAUGGAAUAAGCAUAGGAAGUCUUGGAAGGUACCCAAAAGAAGAACCUGUGAGUGGAAUCCAUAUUAGGAACUGUACCCUCAGUAAUACGUCCAACGGUGUUAGAAUCAAGACAUGGCCUAAUUCUCCUGCAGCUAGCACUGCCUCGGAUAUUCACUUUGAGGAUAUCAUCAUGAAUAAUGUUGGUAACCCAAUCCUCAUUGAUCAAGAAUACUGCCCAUGGAAUCAGUGUAAUAAACAGGCUUCAUCAAAAAUCAAGAUCAGCAAUGUGAGCUUCAAGAACAUUAGAGGGACGUCUUCCACUCCGGUCGCCGUGAAGAUUGCGUGCGCCAAGGGCUUACCAUGUGACAAGGUGGAGAUGACUGACAUUAAUCUCAAGUACAGUGGAAAGCAAGGCUCUAUUACAUCUCAAUGCUCUAAUGUGAGGCCCACAAUUACUCGAGUCGCAAAUACUCUUGCUUGUGCUACCAAGUCUUGAUCGAAAGAAGCCUGAUAUAUAUAAUAGGCUUUAGGUGAGAUCAAUCCGAUCUUGUGUUCAUAUAUACUUUUAGGUGUCUCAUUUAGUCCCCUAAUGCGCAUAAUACCAAAAUUAGGUGAGUUGAGUGUUUGUAUAUAUCUUUGUGAAAACACGUAUGAGACUUAUAUUUUGGUUAAGGUACUUGAAUGACUCCAAUGUAUAUAUAGAGGCCUGUUCCAAAGA